GGAAACAGCAUCCUCUGCCGGCCAGCCUUUGAGUCCAGGCUGGCCGCCCAGCCGGUGACCAAGGCCUGCCAGGGGGAGAGGGGCACGUGGAAUGGGAGGGACAUCCUGGUGGUCGACACGCCCUCCAUCUUCGAGGCAAAGGCCCACUCGCAGGAGGUGUACAAGGACAUCGCGGACUGCUACCUGCUGUCUGCCCCAGGGCCCCACGUGCUGCUCCUGGUCACCCAGCUGGGGCGCUUCACGGCCCAGGACGCGGUGGCAGUGAGGAGGGUGAAGGAGGUGUUUGGGACCCAGGCCAUGAGGCACACGAUCGUGCUCUUCACCCACCGGGAAGACUUGGGCGACGAGUCCCUGGACCAUUACGUGGUCAGCACGGACAACCUGGGCCUGCGCCGGCUGCUGGCUGAGUGCGGCCGGAGGUACUGCGCCUUCAACAACCGCGCGGCGGGCGAGCAGCAGCGCGCGCAGCUGGCCGAGCUCAUGGCGGUGGUGGAGCAGCUGGAGCGCGAGCGCUGCUACCAGGGCGACCACCUCUUCCUCCCCGCGCCGCGGCUGCAGCCAGGCGGGGGCGCCGGCGGCCCGGAAGCCUAUGCGCACUACCUGGCCGAGGUGAGGGCGCAGGUGGACAGGCAGAAGCAGGCGCUGCGGAAGGAGGAGAGGAACCGCCAGGUCAUGGCGACCCGCAGAGCCGAAAAGUGCACUUUUUUUGAAAUUUGUGCCAUUAUUAUCUGGUGCAGCUUAAUUCUUACUGUUAUCGCGCUGAUCAUAUAUUAUCAGGUCUGAUGCUUUGUGUUUUAGGGAUUUCAAAAUAUAUCAAUUACUGCAGCCACUGCUCUAAGUAUCCUCCAUCAGAAAGAGGCCCCCCCUGGUCUGUGGAGGGCUGCAGGUCUAGGCAGCUCCGUUUCCCCUUCUUUCUUAACAGACUUCCGGUUGGG